GUGGCACAGAAGUAGGCCGAAAUUAUGCCUUUAGACGUGACUUCCUGAUAGACAAAAAUCGAAAGUGAAACCUCGGGCUGAUACUCAAUCAGAAGGGAAGGCAACAUGAACUGAUCGAAUUUUAAAGUUAGUUUAGUUUUGCUAAAACAAUGCAUCUUCUAAUUCGUGCAGGUGGUUACCCGUUUCGCCUUUUAAGAUAUACGUUUACUUUCUGCUGCAAACUGUUUUGUCGUCGACCUCAAAUAAUUUCCGCAUAUACUUCGGUUGGCCUUAUGGCUUGUUUGUUGCUGUGCCUAAAACCCAAAAAGAAAAAACCCACCGACGACGAACCGAAAGAGAAUAAGAGGUCGAUUCCUGACCGAGAACCCACCGAAGGCAGACAGAAUCAGGAGUCGAUCCCUGACCAAGAACCCACUGAAGACGGAGAGAAACAGCAGUCGAUCCCUGACCGAGAAACCACCGACGUAAAAGAGAUUCCGAGGUCGAUACCUGACCGAGAACCCACCGACAAGGAAGAGAAUGCUGGACACAAUGAACCUUACCGGGUGGAAUGCACUGAUCUGUUGUAUUGCGAAUACGACACAACAUGGGAAACAUUAAAAGAUUCCCAAGGCGAUCGUCGACCCCGAGACUCGACCCAGAGAGCUUAUGACUACGAAUUCAAUCGAUUCGAAUAUGCAGCAAAGGACAUGUAUAACUACAGGCAUGACUAUCCCCUCCCCAUGGGCAGAAGUUACCAUCGAGGAAAACAGGGGACAGACAUGCCUAAUUUAACAUUUUAUCUUGGAGAAAGGGCAUCUGAACCUGACGGUUUCUCCAUAGGUGAGUUUCAUAAAACAUGGCGUGGGGAUUAUUACAGACUGGAGAGAGUGCAUAGUUUCGUCCAAUGGAUUUUUCCACUGCAGGAGGUCGGAAUGAACGAUGAAGCCUUCGUACUGACCAAACAGGAGAUUAAGGCUUUCCUUAAUAACGAGACAGCUAAACUCAAUCUGCAGCAGUCCUACAGGCUCAUGUUGGACUUCUACGGCAUUGAGCUCUCUAACCUGGAGACCGGAGCGGUCGGGAGAGCGUCAAACUGGCCGGAGAGAUUCGGAAAUAUGAACUGGCAUACUCACAACAACCUGCGCCUCACUCGCAUCCUGAAGUGCCUGGGGACCCUGGGCUUCAGGCACUACCAAGCCCCGCUGGUUCGCUUCUUCCUGGAGGAAACCCUUGUGCAAGGGAAGCUCCCCGCGGUCAAGGAGAGCGUGCUCAACUACUUCCUGUUUGCCGUGCUCGAUAAGGCACAGCGCAGAGAGCUGGUCCGCUUUGCCUUCUGGAACUACGAGCCCAGAGAGAAGUUCAUCUGGUGCCCCAAGAAGAUACAGGAGGCCUUCCUUCGGGAAGGAAGGCUGGCUAGUUGUUCCAACCCUGCAGACCCCUCAUCUGAGGAACUGCGUCAAGUGGAAGAGAACAACGACUUAAUUCAAACUGAACUAUAAAUAGUUGUAAUAUGUAGUUAUUUCAUAAAUGUUAGAUAAUAUAAACAACAUUUUAUAUUAGAUAUAUGACAGCUCAUUGUGCCAAAUGCUUACGGUAAAACAAUAAAAUACAUUUUCCUCCCUGAA